AUGUUGCGAGGUCCUAAGACAUGCGGCUGUCGUGACUUUGCCUCGUCUUACGUUAACCGCGCGAAGGUUAACCGCAUCUUUCACUGCAGUAUUGAGGAUGCAAAUUGCUAG